AUGAGUGAACAACAAUCUGUUUCAUCCUCUUGCUGCUUUAAAGAAAUUUCUCUCUCCGAUAUUGAAAAUGCCUCGGAACGUAUCAGAAAAUAUAUUCAUAAAACUCCUGUUCUUACCAAUUCGACAAUUUCACAAAUGACCGGAAUUCCUAAUUGUACAUUAUAUUUAAAAUGUGAAAAUUUGAACAAGGUCGGAGCUUUCAAGAUUCGUGGAGCUUGUAAUGCAGUAUUGAAUGCAUUGAAUAAUUCUGAUGAGGAAAUUGUGAAAAAAAUCAAGGAAGGAGGUGUGAUUACACACUCUUCUGGUAAUCAUGCUGGAGCUUUGGCUAAAUCUGCUCAAAUGUUGGGAUUGACAGCUCAUAUCGUAAUGCCAAGUAAUUCUCCUGCAGUCAAGAAGAAUGCAGUUGAAUUGACUUAUGGUGCCAGAGUAAUUUUGUGUGAACCAACUUUGAGAUCAAGAGAGGAAACUUGUGAAAGAAUUAUUCAAGAAACUGGAGCUUUAUUUAUUCACCCAUAUGAUAAUGAUGAUGUAAUUACUGGACAAGGAACUGCUGUUUUGGAAAUGUUGGAUCAAGUGAAGGAGGAAAGAUUGACUGACGAGUUCCCACUCGAUGCAUUGAUUGUCCCUGUAGGUGGGGGUGGACUUUCCUCUGGAUCUAGUAUUUGUUUCAAAUCAAAGGCAGCUUUGGAAAUUAAGGAUUUGGAAAAAUUGAAGAAAACCAAAGUUAUUGGUGUUGAACCUCAAGUUGUCGAUGAUGCUAAGAGAUCUAUGGAGCAAGGAAAGCUUGUUGGAAACGAUCCUAAUGUCCCAGCCAAUACAGUUUGUGAUGGUUUAAAGACAAACUUGUCAGAGAGAACAUUCCAUCAUAUUUCUAAGAAUAUUGAUAGAAUUUUCACAGUGACAGAUGAGCAAGUUAUCAAAGCCAUGAAACUUGUUUGGGAGAGAAUGAAAAUUGUUAUUGAACCAAGCUCUGCCACUGUCGUUGCUCUCACUCUAUUCCAUGAUGAAUUCAAACAAAUGGCCACUGAAAAUCAAUGGCAACAUAUUGGAAUGGUAAUUAGUGGAGGAAAUUGUGAUUUGGAUGCUCUUCCUUGGACGAAGAAGUAA